AUGGAGAAAUUGCCCCGUGGCAUGGAAAGGCCAGUAUUCGAGCGGUCAUCAUGGAGCGCCUUCAUUGGUAUUAGAGGCCGUUGCUUCACAAGAUUUAUGGAUUUGGCAUGCUUUUUCGGGGUUGCGGGUUCUAACAACGACGUCAACGUUCUCGAUCAAUCACCAAUAUUUGACGACCUUUUGUCAGGAAAAGCCUCGGAUGCUCCUUUCACAGUGAAUGGAAAUGAAUAUAAGUUUGGGUAUUAUCUUACAGACGGAAUAUAUCCACAAUAUUCCACGUUUGUGAAGGUGUUUCGACACCCAAUAGAUCCAAGAGACAAAUAUUUCAAGAGACGACAAGAAGGAGCACGUAAGGACGUUGAACGUGCUUUUGGGGUUUUGAAAUCAAAAUGGCACAUAGUUGAAAAUGCAGUGAGACCUUAUGAGUUAGAUACUCUACGAUAUAUCAUGUAUGCAUGUAUCAUAAUGCAUAACAUGGUUGUCGAAGAUAAAGGACGCAAUAUUGCAACGUAUUCGCCUACGGAACCAAGACAUGUGCAAUUUCAACCAGGGACAUCAGAAUAUUUACAUAGAGUGGUUGAUAUUCAAGAUCAGCAAAAACACAUGCAACUUCGUGAAGACUUGACGGAUUACAUCUAUGUUGGUCACGAAGACGAAGAUGAAUAG